GUGUGUGUGUGUGUGAGUGUGUGUGUGUGUGUGUGUGUGUGUGUGAGAGAGAGAGAGAGAGAGAGAGAGAGAGAGAGAGAGAGAGAGCGAUUGAUGGAGAGUGUUGACUAUUUAUUUUAAGCGUGAAUCAGAGCAGUGAUGGCGGAGGAGACAGAGCCCGAGUCUAAAUUCGGAGACUCAAGAAAGUUUGACCCAAAUUUUAAAGGCCCGAUUCAGAACAGGAGCUGCACUGAUGUUCUGUGUUGUUUACUCUUCAUCCUGGCACUUAUGGGGUACUGUGCAGUGGGAAUUCUGGCCUGGUCUCAGGGAGAUCCAAGGAAGGUGAUUUACCCCACAGACAGCAGGGGGCAGUUCUGUGGGCAGCAGGGCACAUCACUGGAGAAAAAGCCUCUGCUGUUUUACUUCAACAUUUUGAAGUGUGCGAGUCCCCUAGUGCUACUGGAGUUCCAGUGCCCAACCACACAGAUCUGUGUAGAAAAAUGUCCGAAUCGUUUCUUGACCCUGGUGAAGGCGAAGCUGAAGACUCUGGACCUGCAGUAUUACUCACAGUUUUGUAAGGAGGGUGUUAAUGUCACACAGUCUGCCCCAGAGCUCCUGCGGGAAAAGGCUUGUCCAGCUAUGAUCUUCCCCAGCAAGCCUUUUACACGCCGAUGCCUCCCAGCAUUGGAGACGAAAAAAGGUGUUGUUGUUAUUGGCAACGAGACGAAUUUCACAGAUGAAAACAACACUAUGAAUAUAAACACCACCGACCUGUUAGAAGCAUCUAAGAAGUCGAACAUUGUGAUGGAGACACGGCAAGUGUUCAUGAGGAUCUUUGAGGAUUUCACUCAGUCCUGGCACUGGAUCCUGCUUGGGUUAGUGGUAGCGAUGGCACUCAGUUUGCUGUUUAUCGUGUUGUUGCGGUUCUUAGCAGGACUGAUGGUGUGGGUGAUGAUCUUCAUGGUGCUACUUGUUGUUGCAUAUGGUAUAUUUUACUGUUAUAUGCAGUACGUGCAGUUUAAAGGUCAGCCUGGUGCAGACGUGUCUAUCACAGAUCUGGGGCUGCAGACGGACUUCACAGUGUAUCUUCAGCUGCAGCAGACGUGGCUCGCGUUCACGAUCAUCUUGUGCAUUGUGGAGGUCAUCAUCAUCCUCCUGCUCAUCUUCCUCAGAAAACGUCUCCAGAUCGCCAUUGCUUUGAUUAAAGAGGCCAGCAGGGUGGUGGGUCAUGUGAUGUCAUCACUGUUCUAUCCACUGCUAACCUUUGUCCUUCUGGCUCUAGUGAUUGCGUACUGGGCCAUUACUGCCGUUUUUCUGUCGACGUCCAGCUCUGUGGUGUACAAAGUGUUUAACAACAGCGAGUGUGACUUCAGCAGGCAGACAUGUGACCCUCAGACAUUUAACAGCUCGAACAUCUCCUCGCUGUGUCCGGAUGCUGAGUGUAUGUUUGCGUUCUAUGGAGGUGAGACGUUUUAUCACAGGUACCUGGUUCUGUUCCAGUUCUAUAACCUCUUCCUCUUCUUCUGGUGUGUGAACUUCGUGGUGGCGUUGGGUCAUGUGACCCUGGCUGGAGCGUUUGCCUCCUACUAUUGGGCUUUCAGAAAACCGGAUGAUAUCCCAGCAUUCCCCAUCUUCAGCUCACUUGGCCGUGCUCUCAGAUAUCACACAGGUUCUCUGGCAUUUGGUUCUCUCAUUCUGGCUAUUGUUCAGGUGAUUAGAGUCACGCUGGAGUACCUGGAGCAAAAACUAAAAGGAGCUGAGAACAGAUUUGCGAAGUUUCUGCUCAGUUGUCUAAAGUGUUGUUUCUGGUGUUUGGAGAAGUUCAUUAGAUUUAUCAACAGAAACGCCUACAUCAUGGUGGCGAUUUACGGUAAAAACUUCUGCACGUCUGCUAAAGACGCUUUCUUCCUCCUCAUGAGGAACAUCGUCAGGGUGGCUGUUUUGGACAAAGUGACUGACUUCCUGUUGUUUCUGGGGAAACUGCUGAUUGUAGGGAUUGUAGGAAUCGGCUCCUUCUUCUUCUUCUCUGGGAAAAUUAAGGCUGUGGAGGAAGCAGCACCUUCAUUAAACUACUACUGGGUUCCUAUACUGACAGUGGUGUUUGGGACGUAUGUGAUUGCUCACGGUUUCUUCAGUGUUUAUGCGAUGUGUGUGGACACACUGUUCCUCUGCUUCUGUGAGGAUCUGGAGAGGAACGAUGGCUCCACUGAGCGGCCAUAUCUCAUGUCCCCUGAGCUGCAUGACAUUCUAUCUGUUAGCAAAACAUCAGAGGAAGAAGAAAGGAGAGAAGGAGAAGAAGAAGUGGUGCAGGAAAAUGGAGAAGUGCAGCUCAAACAUCAGGAGACUCUCAAAAAUGAAAACAAAGAAGAAGAAACACCACUAAUGCAAGAGACAGUGUUAGAGCAGGUAAUAACACUAACACAGGAAGUGCCACUAACACAGGAAGUGCCACUAACACAGGACAUAACGAUAACACAGGAAGCGGCAGUAAAACUGGAAACACCGGCACUGCAGGAGGCCACACAGGAGGAAGAAGCAGAGCUAACGCAAGAUGCUAUCAGAGUAAAGGAGGAAAAAAAAGAAGUACAGGAAGUCCUUAGAAGUCCUCAGAACAUAGUGCAGCAAAAUGGAAUACAUGAGGAUGAGGUGCAUGAGACCGAGGAGUCACGAGAGGAAGAAGAAGGAAUACAUCAGGAACCUGAAGAACCGAAGCCUCAAGAGAACGGUCCUCAGGAGAGCGAGACUCCGCUAAUGCUUCAGAAUGAGUGACGAGACACAGCGAGAUCCACCGAUGUGUGUUGAUGUUAAACAUUUGUCUAAAAUGAACAGGGUGUAAAUAAACGUCACUGCGUCUCAUUCCCAUAACUAAAUGUUCUCAUAUAUCCAUAACUAACUGCCUGGUUAUAAAACUAACUACUUCUAACUAGCCCUAGUGAGGGAGUUUAACAUAUGAAGAAAAAUAGCCUUAAAACCAGCAGCUGUGAGCUGAAACAAGGUCACGACCCCAAACACAGUAAAGAGGCGUGUCACAUUUGGACUAAUCACAGGGGGAGGGUGGGGUUAGAUACACGUUUCAUGAGAAACACGUUUACUUCUUUUAGCCUGGAAACCUGCAACGUUUCAAGUGUUUGUUGUUGUUAUUGUUGUUGUUGUGUUCAUGAGGUCUGAGAGUGAAGUGUAACCAUGGUAACGCCUGUCUGUCUGCUGCACGCUGAGCACUGCUGUAACUCUUAAACACUAAACUGUUCACUACAGUCAGGUUCUGAGUCUCCGUAUGUCUUCUGGCUCCAUGGAGACGCAUGAUGAUAAUCUUUAUUACAUAUUUUGUAAAACUUGUAGGCAUGAUAAUGUGUGUGUUUAGGAAUGCACUCGUGUUUGAUGUUUACAAGAUCAGAACAAAAGCUUGUGAAAUGAUUUGAAAUGAAAUAGUUUAUAAUUCUGUACAUUUUGUGGAGCAAGUGUUCGUCCUCCUGGCGUCAUUAAUACAGAUAAAUUUGUAAAUGUUGUUGGGCUAAUUUACUAAAUUUAGUCUUGUUAGCUAGUAAAUAGCCGUAACAAACAAGAUGAUAGAUAGCGGAGUGGUUAUUGUCAUGAUGUCAGGAAGCACAGCCACGCCCACUGCCAUGAAUGACAACUUGGCCACACCCACUGCAGUGAAUGUGAUUGUCCUGCCUUUGCUCUUUCUACCUCUUUCUCAUUUUUCUAUCUUUGUAUGUUGUCUAUUUAUUGUUCAGUGAAUAAACUCUUUACCAGAGUGCUAA